AUGGUGCCCGCGACGUACGCCCCUUUCCCGCUCGCGCAAGAUCAAGAAGCGUUGUCGGGGCCGCCGCAGACUGUACACCUGGGCCAGGCGCCACAGCGCGGGGGUGGCUGGCGCGCCUGGGCACGCCGCGCGUACACGGUGAUCGCCCUGCUCGCCUUCACCGCCGGCUUCGCGUGGGCGAUGCGCCGGACGCGCCGCAGCCCGUGCGACCUCGCGUUCGUGAUCACAGCCUACUACCUCGUCGCCGUGCUCUGCUGCUGCGUCAGGAAGCUGCAGCUCCAGCGGCUCGACGACGACCCGUCGUUGGCCCCCGAGCGGCGCCGGGCCAGGCUCGCCGCGUGGGCGGCCUCGGCGCUCUUCGUCGUCGCCUGCUUCGCGUGGGCGGUGUACCGCGCGCGCCGCAGGCCGCGCGCCCUGGCGUUCGUGAUCGCCAUCUACUACCUCAUCGCCGUGCUCUACUGCUGCCUCAGGAAGCUCGAGCUCCUGCGGCUCGAGGACGACCCGGCCGCGGGGCCCGAGCGGCGGCGGACCAGGCUCGCCGCCAUGGCGGUCUCGGUGGCGCAGGGCAGCACGGUUGCGCUGAGUGCCGCGGACAGGAUGCCGAACCUGGCGCUGAAGCUGGCCGUGUUUGGGCUCACCGCCAUGGCGUUGGGCCUCGUGUACUUCUUCAUUUUCAGCCGCGUAGAUGGGGAGUACGGGCGUGCUCAGUCGGAGAGGCCUUUGCACGAGCAAUCCCCGGAGCAGAGGGCCUAG